AUGAUUUGGGGAAGCCAUGUCCAGGCUGCACUUUAUACAUGUAUUGUGAUUGCCCUGGCAUCAGCCGAAGAACAUACGAACAAGCACAAGCACAGAUCUUCGAUCGAGGUUACGCUUGUCCCGGAUGAUGAAUUCUUCGUGGUGCCUAUGCAAAUUGGAGACUCGACGCUGAAUCUGAGUAUCGACACUGGCUCUUCGGAUUUAUGGACGUUUUCAUCCAGACUCUCGCCGGCCGAGCAAAUUGGACACAACCUCUACAAACCCUCUCGUCACGCACAGCACCUCGACCAUUAUAAUUUCACCACGUCGUACGCAGAGGGCACAACUGUCAGCGGCACCGUAUAUAAAGACAAGAUCAAGCUCGGAAGCCUCGAGGCCCUGAAUUCAUCCGUGCAAGCCGCCGAAGACGUGCCUAUAUCGUUUGUCACACAAACAUCACGAGACGGUAUCUUAGGGCUUGGAUUCGGGAAUAUCAACACCGUGAGGCCGAUACCUCAGCCAACAUUCUUCGAGAGUAUCAAAGAUGAGCUGGAAACCCCGGUAUUUACGACUGCACUCCGGCGCGAGGGAGAAAGAGCAGGAAGCCUUGAUUUUGGAUUCAUCGAUCAUCGGAAAUACAAGGAAGACAACCUCAGCUACACACCCGUCAACCAAUCCGAUGGCCUCUGGGCGAUUCGUCUGGAUGGAUACACGGUAGGUGAUCUGACAAGCAAACAGUUCCGCGUCGAAACCGUCGCUGUCGACACGGGCACAUCGAUUCUCAUGCUACCAAAUCAAAUCGUGCACGACUACUACGCCCAGAUCCCGUCGGCGAUGAACGAGCCAUCCAUGAACGGAUUUAUAUUCGACUGUGACGAGGAUAUCCCCAAUCUAUCGAUGAAGAUUGGGGAUUAUACUGCCACAAUCCCCAGUGAUCUCAUGGCUUAUGCGAAAGUAGGCCAGCUGCAUGGCGAAACAAAGUGUUUUGGAAGUUUGCAGAGUCAGAAAGACCUGGGGUUUUCAGUGCUAGGUCACCCGUUUUUGAAAUGUCAAUAUGUUGUUUUCGAUAUGGGAGGGAUGAGGUUAGGGCUAGGGAAACAGGUGGUUUAA